AUGACUGAUCAAUCUUCAUUAUCGACUAAUUUAAAACAAUUUUUAACUGAAGAACAAAUUGAAAUUGAACGACAACGACGACAAGCUGAUUGGGAACGUGUACGAUCAGCAACUGAUCCGAUCGAAGCACCAGCUGAAGUAUUUGACACAAGAUCUCUCUAUGAAAAACUAAAAGCACAACAUGAUGCUAAAAAACAGGAAUUUGAAGAUACGUGGGCAGCAAAAAAUUCAAUUCGUGGUCUUGAUGAAGAUGAAACAGAUUUUUUAACUCGUUUAGAUCGAGCUAAAGCUCAAAAAGAAUUAGAAACUGCUUCAGCAAAUACUCGUCCAACAUCAAUUAAACAACAUAUUAUACCACCCGUAGUUAAUAAACAAAAACAAUUACUUAGUGGCAUUGUUAAACGAAAAAGUUCAACAAAUGAAACAUUAAAACGUCCAUUAGAAGAUGAUAAUGAAGAAAAUGAUCAACAACAAACAAAAUUAGAACCACCAGCACGUUUACCACGUUUACUUGUACCUGGUGGUCGUUUACCUGGAAUAGGUCCAGCUGAAGGCUUUACAGAUUCAUCUGAUUCAAGUGAAAGUAGUGAUGAAGAUGGUCUUUCUCGAUAUUCAAAUAAUGCUGGUAUUCAAUCAUCAUUAGCACAACGAAAAAGAUUAGCUAAACAAUUACAAGAUAUUGCUGCUGCUGCUUCAACAGGUGGUGGUGAAUGA